AUGGCGAAACUCAAGGCACAUGAAGAACUCUCCACUAAUGCGAAUACUAUCAAAGCUCGCAACUGCGUCUCCAACCUUACUGAAGACGAGAAGGCUGUUCACUUAGCACUCAAGGCUGACCAUGCUGAUCUGAGCUACUACUUAAAGAAGUUAUAUAAGUCUGCAAAGUACAAGACACGUCUACAGAAUGAAUUGAAGGUUGAGCGUAUUUGUGUUCGGACUGAGAAGGGUACCCAUGCAUCUUGCAUUGCGAAUCAGAAAGUCAAGAAUAUUAGCGCCUCUUCUUCUCCACAAGCCCCACCAUCUACUCCGCCCAAACAACUUCUGUCUGAGCUUGCUGCAUUUGAGGCGCGAGAUAUUUUAAAUGACGAGGCUGUUCUACCAGAUGAGCUUUCCGAUGAAGAGAUCACUAGCACCCAGGCUCUCUUAACUCAAGCGCACAUUGAUGCCCAUGAAGAGUCCAAUUUCCGCAAGUGGCAACAUUUCUGGGAUAGCUGUAUCCACUCAUAUACGAGAAAGGCUGGAAAGCUGAGAAAGAAGCCUGAGCGUCUCUUUGAGUAUAUGCCGUGGAUUGAUGUAGAGGAAGGCUUCAAAGAGGCGUUCUUACUUGUCUACUCUAAGAAGUUUGAUAAGGAAAAGUGGGCUAAGGUAUCAGCUGCACAGGAUAUGUUGUUCCUGGAGCUAGAGUAGAGGAGAACUUGAGUUGCUAAAGUUAUAGCGCUGGAGUACCUUUCGCGUUGGAAAACCAGGUAUUUAAGUACUUCAUCGUAGCCAGACUUCUGGUAACCUUCUGAUAAUCGAGCAAUUUGCCAAAUGCCAUCUCAAUACUCAGAGUUGUUUGAUUCUGACAGUAUUCUCAGACUCUAUUCCGUCUUCUCAACGACUAUCCUCAUUAAAUCAAGUCUGUAAGGACACAGGGCACCCAGCUCACAGUAAUAGCAUAUGAGAGUGCGAGUCAGAGGCUAAACGGAUGCUAUCCUAUAGGUCUACUACGAAGGAUACAAAAAAGAUGAAGAGAGGAACCCCCGUUGGGUCAAUCUCCUUAAGUACCCGAAACGGGUCCGACUCAGCUAACCUGCC